AUGAUUAAAAGUUCGCUUAAAGAUAGAAAACUAGUUUAUGAAGUCGACCCAAAAGUAGCUCUAAUUACAGGAUCAACUUCGGGUUGCGGACAAAAAUUGGCAUUAUAUUUGUCAAAGAUUGGACUGAAAUUAGUGAUCACCGGCAGAGAUGAAGAUCGGAUCAAGAGUGUAGCGCAACAAUGUAGACAAUUAUCUAACACUACAGUACUAGAAGUUAAAGCGGAUCUAUUGGACGAUAAUCAAGUGAGACAAUUGUUGGACACAACAAUAGAUCAAAUGGGAAGAUUGGAUAUUUUGAUACAUUGCGCACAAAUAUCUUUGCCGUUGUCCAUCACCGAUACGGAUGUGAUGCAGAAAUUUGAUACCGUUUUUCGUCUGAACGUCAGAUCAGCAGUUUUGCUGACAUCAAUGGCAUUGCCGUACAUUCAAGCCAUCAGUGGUGGCAUUAUUACACUGACCUCUGAUUCUGGAUUCAGACCGUAUGACCAGGAGUUUGCAUUUUGUAUUACCGAAUCGGCGGUCAAUUACUUUACCAAAUGUUUGGCACUCGAGACCAAAGGCAAAGGCGUUAGUGUAUUGACCCUCAACUCAGAUCUGGUUAAUCGCAAAGAUUUUGAUCUGAAUCCGUGGUUGAGUACAACUCUGGUUUCUCGGCUAUAAUAUAGUGGUAACUGAAGAGAACAUUUCAAAUGUGCUUUUGAU